CUGCGGCUAUCAGCUGGUUGUUGGUGUAGUAGACAUGACAGCUUCACUCAUCUUUCUGUUGCUGCUGAUGCUGGGGAAAAUGUUAGAUGUUGUGUUCCCGGAGACUUGCAAUAGUACAGGAUGGUUCGGACCCCAGUGUGUCUUCAAGUGUCACUGUCAAACUGAUAAAGGUGAACAGACUUCUUGUAAUCUGACAAGUGGCACCUGCUACACAGGUGAUCGGUGCGAAGAUGGCUUCAGCGGAACAGCCUGUCAAUACACCGACUAUGCCUUUGGAAGAAACACUUUCGUCGACACAGACUGUAUAACAAAUGAAAACGGCUCUGUCGUCGUUGACGGCCAUGUCGAUACUUGUUUUGAGGCCAGAGGGAAGGACGGAAGUAACUGCUCCUGGUUCGUAAACAUAAGUGCGCCCUCCUUGGUUACACAAAUUAUUGUGAAAGUUCCAUCAGAUACACCAGACAACACUUCAUGGCGAGUUCUGGUCCAUAAAGACAACACUUCAGGGGAAGUCACUCUCCAGUCUUUUACCGACAAGGGCAUAACUCUCGCUUACGUGCUACCGAGACCCAUGAGUGUAUCGAGAGUUCAAGUACUAGCGCCCUCUACUCAACAACUGAGACUUUGUGAAGUCAAUGUUGUCGGAGGCCGCAACACAGCUUUGAAGAAAAAUGUCAGCCAGGGCGAGGAAACAUUUAACGAUACAUCUGGAGCAGAAAAGGCGGUUGACGACGAGAGAAAGAGAUCUUACAAAGACCAGUGUGCUGUGAUGAAAGCACGAAACGAUGAUGGUCAGUCUCUGUCAGCAUGGUGGCAAGUGGUUCUCGGCCCCAAUGUUCUUGUCUGGUCGGUGGAGAUGCACACCAAUGCUUCUCUGAAAGGUCUGGACGUCGAGAUGGAGUUGAAGCUAAGCAACGGUUCAUCCAUGGAUCUUCAGUCUGAUGAGCCCCGGGUGGGGAUGGCUUUGGCCAGCAUCCCUCGGCCUGUCCCAGCGACAGAGCUGCACAUCAGAAAGAAGCAGAAGGGAGACUAUCUGAUAUUGUGUGAAGUUCGUGUAUUGGGAGAUUGCAUGGAUGGGUAUUACGGAUGGCUUUGUGAUCGCCGCUGCAGCUGCAGCAACACGGAAGCAGCUUGCGACAAGAUGUGGGGAAGCUGCCCUUCGUCUGUGAUGGGAGAGACAGGGUGGAGUACUGUCGGGUACCGAGGUUUGUUUGUCUAGAUAUCAGAUGUAUCACUAUAUCUUGCUGCUUGCUAAUGACUGACUUUGUGUUAAAUAAUUUCUGAUGAAUCAACAGGGACACCCCGUGUGACAUCUCGUGCUAUGGAGUGGUUUUAUACAUCGCAUGUUACCUGACCAAGAGACCUGAAGAGUCUGUGGCUGUACAAGAAACAAGAACUGAAUUAUAGUACAUUGAUGUUUGACAAAAAUAAACAGACGA